AUGCAACACGACGCCUUCCACAGGAAACGGGCGGUGCCCAGGCCUGCCGUUCAUAAGGCAUGUGUGGGUGGCUUCAAUGCAGGCCUAGCAGCGACGACUGCAUUGGUCACCAAGCGCAUAGAAUCCAUGGACGACGAUGCGAGGAAUAGCUUCAUGGACAACAACGCCAACCUGCUGCUGGAGGCUGACGCCGAGCGUGACACUUCAGAAGAAGUUGCGACAGCAAGGGACGCCCAACAAGUACAGCAGGAGCGAAACAAAGCUGCAGACCCGAAGGAAACGAAGGAAGACACGGGCGUCGAUAGCAGCGCUGCAACUACCGCCGGCAGUGGAACUGCUGCUGCGCACUCAAGGCUGCAGAGAAUAGUUCCCGGGGAGACGAGGAAGGAUGCCCCAAUCUCUGGUGUGCAAGAUUUCUCUGGCACAGGAGCUGGCGGAGCGCACUACCCGGAGCUACCCUGGGCGGGAAGGCGCGGAAGCGACUCCUGUGAAAUGCUCGAGGAGGCUCUUACACGUGGAACACGCACUCAGGGGUUGCAGUCUGCGCUUGAAGACUACCACACAAACGAGGUCAAUGCUUUGCCAGCCUUGGUGGUAGAAAAGGAAGCCUACGCCGGUUUCAAGGAUGAGCGCACCAUCGAAGACCGGAAUGACCCAGCGCAUCGAGGCAUGGCGGAGAGCGUGAAGGGCUUGAAGGUUCCACUGAAAAAGGAGCGUGCAUCAAGCGAAGCGGUCGGCGGCCAAGCCGGUUUGGAACCAGACCUUGAGCGAGAUGCCGCCACGGAGGAUGACGCCGCCAUAGCACUGUCAAACGACCGCCGGCAACAGAGUAUACGAAUGACGGAGAGCGUGAAGGGAUUGGAGUUUCCACUGGCACAGGAAAGUGCUCCAAGCGAAGCACUCAACGGCCAAGCCGGUUCGGAAGCAGACCUUGAGCGAGAAGCCGCCUCGGAGGAUAGCGCCGGCGUCGAACUCUCAAACAGCGGCUGGCACCAAAAAGAAGCGGCAGCAACAGGAGCAGUUCUAGUGAAACGGGGUGCUCUUCAUGACGGCUUGAAAUAUACUGGUGGUGCUUUCCAGAAAUCUCGUGAGUACCCUGAGGCACUCAGUGCUGAGAACGUUGAGGACUCUGAGUUAUCAUUGGUGGAACAGAAGGAACCGCCGCGUGAGAGACUUGGUGAAGGAGAAGCAGCGGCAGAGACCGGCUUCGACGGCGGGUCGGAAAACAGCACCGUCACAAACCUUGCGAACGACCGCGUUUUUCUGGAAGCCUUCAUGGAGGAGCAUGUUCAGGGCUCUGAAACACCGUUGGUACAGCAAGAUGGACCGACAAGCAAUUUCGAUGAUCCAGACGAUGAAUCGGCAACGGCGUAUGGACAAAGUUUGGUUCAGAGGAUACCCUAG